AUGGAGAAUCUGACAUACAACAGCUUUUUUUUGGAAUUAGAAGGAUUAAAGGUGUCCGAGGAGGCAAUGUAUCCUACUUUUUUAUUCUUCCUUCUUUUCUAUGUAAUAAUUAUGGUGUCCAACAUUGGAAUAUUCAUUCUCAUAAUAGGACACAGAAGCCUACAUGAGCCAAUGUACAUGCUAUUCUGCAACUUGCCAUUGAAUGACAUCCUUGGCAAUUCCAUCAUGAUUCCUCGGCUGCUCAUGGACAUUAUAAAGCCACCGUAUGAGCGCUACAUCAGUUAUGUUGAGUGUGUUGUACAAGCAUUUUCUACACACACGUAUGGCACAACCUCCCAUACUAUACUAAUGAUAGGCCUUACUCUAAGACUCAACCGUUGUAGAACUUUCAUAUCAAAUCCUUUUUGUGAUAAUGCAUCUUUGUUUAAAUUAUCUUGUGAGGAUGUGACUGUCAAUAACUUGUAUGGGCUGAUAUACACAGUACUGCUGUUUGGUUCUUCUAUGGGAAGUAUAGCGAUUACAUACAUUAAAAUAGUCACUGUUUGCUUAAUAACUAAGAGUAAAACUUUAAACAGCCGUGCAUUGAAAACCUGCAGCACUCACUUGGCUCUCUACUUGAUUAUGCUCAUCAGUGGGUUUAUUGUUAUAGUGCUACAUCGUUUUCCUGCCUAUUCAGAUUACAGGAAACUGUCUUCUCUGCUGUUUCAUAUUAUUCCAAGCAUUUUGAAUCCGAUCAUUUAUGGACUGCAGUGCACUGAGAUUAGACAGGUCCUGAUUCAGGUGUGCGACUGGAUCUCUCGUUUUGUGUCUGUGUUCGUUACAGAAGGACUCUAUCAAUGCCCAGAUCCAGCAGUGUGGGAUGUCACACAGCCAGCAUAG